CAUACUUUUACAAGAAUAUAUCAAUAAUUCCAUAUAUACUUGAUUUUGGUUAGACUCAUAAUCAAUUCAACUCGAGUUAACAUGAUCUAAAGGUUGGACCUAAACCAAAAAUCAACCGAUUCGAUAUUGACCCGAUUCAAAAAUCAACCGAUCCAAUAUUGAUCCGAUCAAAAAAUCAACUGAUUCGAACCGAAAAACAACUGACCCAUUAAUCACGUGACCCAAAAAUUGACCCGUCCCGAUACCCGAUCCGAUUUACCGCACACUCGAAUUAGAUCUGCACUGAAAUUACCUAACUCGAAAUGACUCGAUCCAAACCUGAUUAAAAUGCCCCAAUUGUCACCUCCAAUUCUUGCAAAGGCUACUCAUAACUUUAGUACGGAAGAUCUGCUUGGAACUGUUGGGUUUGGGCGUGUUUACAAAGGUAGCUUCAAGGAUGAUCCCCCAACAAUUGUAGCUGUCAGGAAGAUUUCAGCAACAUCGAAACAAGGUGAAAAGUAUAUGUACCAUAGAGCGGCUAAGGCACAAAAACAUAGUGCUACUCUUGGGGUGGUGCCAUGAAGACGAACAUCUCCUCUUAGUCUACGAAUACAUGCCGAAUGGAAGCCUCGACCGUUACAUUGGCAAGUGUCAUCUCGACUGGGAGACUAGAUUCAAGAUAUUAACAGGGUUGGCAUCUGCAUUGCUUUAUCUCCAUGAAGACAGUGGCAACCCCGUCGUUCACAGAUACAUUAAGCCAAACAAUGUUAUGUUGGACGAGGAAUUCAAUGCUCAUCUCAGCAAUGUCGGGUUAGCAAGGUUGCUCCAAAACGAUGCCGCAGUGACAACCAUGUUAGCAGGGACUCCAGGAUAUUUGGCUCCAGAAGUAGGUUUCAUUGGGAAAUCUACACCUGAAUCCGAUGUUUACAGCUUCGGCAUGGUAGCAAUCAAAGGGUAUCAUUGAUGAAAACAGCUUUGUGGAUUAUGUAUGGAACGCAUAUGGUUCAAAAGAACUGAUCAACUGUGUGGAUCAAAUGCUAGAAAGUGAAUUAAACGAAGAACAAGU